AACAAGAACUCGUGUGUUGGCUUACGCCGCCAUGAUGGUUCAGCUAAACAUAGAUGUCACUGUUUGAAGAAUGAAGCUUAUGCUGCAAAAUAAUUCGUUUCUAAAAUUUUUUUGUGUAUGACACUAAUAUCACCGAAUGAAUAUUUUCAUGAAUAUGAGGAAAUAAUUUAAAGCCCCCUCAGUAAAAAUGUCUGAAAAUCUACAAUCAGGGCUCGUCAGUGCAGAUGAGAAUGAAACCGAAAUAAGACAAAAGGUGUUGAAGGAUUAUGAUCGUUCCAUUACUCCGAUAUUGUAUGCAAGAAGUGAACAUAAAUCUUACAUCGCCAUGAACGUAUUUCGCAUUCAGGGUCUUGAUGAAGUAAAAGGUGAAUUUAUUUUAGAAGGAGUAACUCAUGUAGCAUGGAGUGAUGAUCGAUUGAUUUGGGAGAAUGGUAGUGUCAAAUUUAUAAGAGUUUCCUCAGAUGAAAUUUGGAUACCACACCUAAAAGUUCUUAACAGGGUCUCUGAAAAUGAAAUGACUCUUGACCCGCUUCCAAUUGUGUUUAAUGGUGGUGUCUGGUGGGCUCCAAGGUGGGUUUUUCGAACAGCUUGUAUUCCAAACAUGAAAUAUUUUCCUUUUGACAGGCAUACAUGCGAAAUUAGAAUUGUUUCCGUUAGUGAAGAGGGUGAUCUUCUUCAAAUGAACUACUCAACUACAGAUUUAAAGCACAAGGCUUAUGUGUUGACGAAUUUCCUCAUAGAGAACAACUUAUGGAAAUUGCUUUCUGCAAAGUCCGAAUCAAAAAGGAUGGUAGUCGAUGUUGAUAUCGUGAGUGAUGUGGGCGUUUUCAUACUUGUAAUUGAGAGAUCAAUGCCUUUGAUAGCUUUAGCUGUUUUAACUCCAAGUCUUGUAAGCGUUAUAAUUUUACUUACAACAUUCUGGAUGGAAGCCGGUUGUUUAAUUCGUGCUGGUAUCAAUUUCACCUCUAUAUUAGUUUCUGCUGGGAAUCUCUUCACCAUAAGCAGGAUUUUGCCAGUUACAGGAGCAGUGACUCCAGCUAUAGUGGAAUACGUGUCGAGUGUCUUGAUUUUAUGCAUGCUUUCAUCUUUUCAAGCAAUUGCUAUGUCUUUCUUAACCCGCUGUAAGAAGCAACCACCUAUAUCUUAUACAACAAUAUCUGAAAAAUUUCCAAAUUGGGCUUUGAUGAUGCUGGCUCUAGUUCCACGAUCAGAAGAAACAGCAAUUGUGGAUGAAACUUUCUUAUUUUCCGAUUUAACAGGAAGAGACCAAAGAAGCAAUCUUCAGACAGAAGAUAGGAAAGAAGAAAAUGACACGAAGAUUAUUAAACUUCAUUAUCCAUGGGAAAAACAUAUCCUGCUUUGGGAACGUUUAUUAUUUUAUUUGUUUAUAAUUGUGAUAUUGCUGUUAAUAGUGUCUGUUAUCAUUACUGAAUAGUUGAUGAGUCAAUAAAUUUCUUUAUAAUGAA